AUGGGUUCUUCACAAAGUUCUGAAGUUCCAGGAGGGGGCUCAGAGGGUUAUCAUAUCUUAAGGGUCCAGGACGGCUCCCCGGGACAAAAAGUUAAUCUCGAACCAUUUUUUGAUUUUAUAGUAGCUAUAGAAAAUACUAGAUUGGAUCAAGAUAAUGACACACUUAAAACGCUCCUAAAACAGAAUAUUGAUAAGACAAUAAAGAUGCUCAUUUACAGCACAAAAACCCAAUCGGUAAGGGAGGUGAUGAUAACACCUAGUGCGAACUGGGGUGGACAAGGUUUACUGGGCGUUAGCAUUCGUUUUUGUUCCUUUGAAGGUGCAAAUGAAAAUGUCUGGCAUGUGUUGGAAGUGCAUCCUUCAUCACCAGCAGAACUGGCUGGUUUAAGACCAUUCUCAGAUUAUAUAAUAGGAGCUGAUUCUAUCAUGCAUGAAAGUGAAGAUCUGUUUACAUUAAUUGAAGCACAUGAAGGAAGACCGUUGAAGCUCUAUGUUUAUAAUAUUAAUGAUGAUACUUGUCGUGAAGUCGUGAUAACACCCAAUCAUGCCUGGGGAGGUGAAGGUAGUCUUGGUUGUGGUAUUGGGUAUGGCUACCUUCAUAGGAUUCCUAUUAGAAAUGCAAACAUUGCUCAGAACCAAAUACAAUAUAAUGUUUCAACACCACCGGUGUCGGAACAAAAUAUGCAGCAAGCUAUGGUGUCGGGGGUACAAAGCUUAAGUGUCAAUGAUGAAACGGCACCACUUGUUGAUCAGUCUCAAGUAUCACAGCCACAGUUCUUGUCAGGUGUACCGAUGGUAAAUCCUGGAGGAUAUAACCCAGGACUCCCUGUCAGUAAUGCCCCAAAAACCAUAGAAGCAACUGCCAUGCCACAAGAAAGCCAACCACCUAUGUCACAACCCCAGUCAAUGGUCUCCAAUAUGGCGGCCUAUUCCAGCAAUUUGGCUGAAACAACAUUAACUAAUUUAGGUAGCAUUCCUUCGGUGUCCAAUAUGCAACCACCGGCUCCACUUCCUAAUCUGCCCGGCAUCCCAAUGAACCAACCGCAGCCAUAUAUACCCAUAAUGCAGAAUUACUCUCAGCCUCAGGCAACCGUUCCGGUUCAAACAAUGCAACAGGCUCCAAAUUUAGUUCCAACUUUUGAUAUGAGUAGUUUUACACCAAUUCAGGCGCCGUCUUUAGGCGGACUGCCCGUAGUGACACCAGUUUCUCUCCCAGGGAUGCCAUCGAUAACAGUUAGCGCUACUUUACCAGUAUCGACGAUGCAAGAAAUACACCAACAGCAGGUCCAACACCAGCAGGAUUUGUUAUCGUAA